AUGACAGGUGACUUAAAUACAUACAACCAGACCAUCAUUUUUGACUAAACAUAUAAUUAAGUGCCAUUCAUUUUUUUAGGAUUUAAUCAUUUAGAUAUAGGCUAUAAUACAUAAAAUAUAUCAUAUGAGGUUAUUGCAUCUAGUGUAACCUUAACUUAGGCUACUUUAACUGUAUAAAAAUUUGAUUCUAACUCUAUUUAUGGACUACAUAUCUUUUAUUUAGUUAUUUAAGAUAUAGAUGUUAUAGUCUAAAAUUUUUAAUUGUUUUUAACCAAUGGCAAUUCAUAUAUUUAAAACUUUAAAUUACCUCCUAAAGAUGGAACUUAAAAUAAGGUUUAAUGUCUUAUAACUGGAAUAAACGUUAAAUACUCAAGUAAUUCAACAAAAUAAUUUGGUAUUUCAGUAACAAAUACAUAAAAUAAUUACACUAUUUAAAUCUAAGGAAAUUAAGAUUUAUCUUAUAUUAGAGUUAAUUGCUUAGAAUAUUAUUAAUACGCCACAGAUCCUUAUUCAAAAAUAGAAGAUGUGUAAUUUCAUACUUCUGAAAAUAUUAGUGACAGCUAAUCACUUUUUUUAAGUACUCUUAAUAACUAUACUGAUAGCUAACUUACUAGUUUUAUUGGAAUUACUCUAAUUGAUACAUAAUUACCUACAGAUAAAGUUCUAAGAGCUGGAAUAUUCUUAGAUUAAUAUAAUGAAGCUAACCAUUAAUAGCCUGUGUUGAUAUAAACGUGGAAUUCAAACACAUUAAAUACAAUCUAAGCAUUAUUUUUCGACUAUCAAAUGUAUAAUUGCAAAUAAAAUGAAUAAACUAAUCAAAUAAAUCAUUCAGAUCAAAAAAAUUGCGUUUAAUAAUGCCCAUAAAGAUAUUUUAAAGUUUCCUUUCGUACAACUGAUAUUUGUUAAAGCUGUUAACCUAGUUGCUUAACUUGUAAUAAUAAAGACUCCUGUUUAACUUGUGAUUAAGGAAAAUAUCUUAAUAAUUCAUAAUGUUAAGACUGUGACUCUUCAUGCUUAACUUGUGAAAACAAAUCUACUAAUUGUAAAUCUUGCUCUUAAGGAAAAUAUUUGUAUUAAAGUUGCUAAACUUGUGAUUCUUCAUGCUAAACUUGUGAUUCUCCAUGCUUAACUUGUAAAAACACUUCUUCUAAUUGUACAUCUUGCUCUUAAAAUAGCAUAUUAUAUAAUAAUUAAUGCUAUGUAUAAAACUAAUGUAAAUCGAAUUCGUUAUGCUAAUAUUGUUUUAAUAGCUAUUGCAUAGUCUGCCAACAAAAUAAUGUAAAUUCUUGUUCAACUUCUUGCCUAUCUAAUCAAUUUAAUUAUUAAUCUUAAUGUUCUUCUACUUAACCAGAAAAUACAUAUUGUGAUUAGUUUAAAUAGUGUACAUAAUGCUAAAAUUCUUGUUUAGCCUGCUCAAGUGAUUUAAAAUAGUGUAUUUCAUGUAAUAACUAAUUUUUAUUUGAUGGAAGUUGCUAUCCUAACUAACCAAACUCUACAUAAUGCGAUAAUAAUAAAAUUUGCACAGCUUGCAAAAAUAAGGCAUGCUAAUCUUGUGACGGCUCCUUAAACAAUUGCCUAACAUGUCCUUCUUAAAAAUAUUUAUUUUAAAAUUAAUGUUAUUCUACAUAACCAAGCUAAACUGGAUGUAAUAAUUAUAUUUGCAAUUCAUGCUAAGGGUAAAAUUGCAUGUUUUGUAAUUCUUUAGAUUUAUAAUGCUCAACUUGCAUUAAUAAUUACUAUCUUUAUAAUUCUAAAUGCAGCUCUACUCAACCCACUGGGACUCACUGUUCUUUUGAUUAAAACAACCACUAUUAUAAUUGUGAAAUAUGUACAAUUUCCGGAUGCUAAUACUGUAAUUCUAAUAAAAAUGAGUGCUCUACUUGCUCAAGUAAUUAGUUUAUGUACAAUAAUAAUUGUUAUUCUUCAUAGCCAGCUGGAACUAAUUGCAGACUGUCAAAUAAUAAUUUUUUUACUUGCUCAUAGUGUAAAUAAAGUGGAUGUUUGACAUGCUAAAAUAAUAUAAACUAAUGCUCUUCCUGCUUAGCAAAUUAAUUUUUAUUUAAUUUCUAGUGCUAUAAUUAGUAACCUUCAGGAACUAUUUGUAGUUAGAGUGGAGGAAACUUAUAAAAUUAUAAUUGUUAAAGUUGUACUGUUUAAGGAUGCUAAGAUUGCAAUGCACAGAUAGAUAAGUGUUCUAGUUGUUAAAGUGGAUAAUAUUUUUAUAAUUCAUAAUGCUUUAACAAAUAGCCAAAUUAAACUUACUGUUCAAGUGAUAACAACUUUUAUAGCUGUAAAAAUUGCUUGAAUUAGUUAUGUCAAUCAUGUGAUAAUAGUUUACUUAAAUGUAUAAGUUGUGUUUACUAUCUUUUUGAAGGAAAUUGCUAUAAGAGCUAACCAUAAAACACUUACUGUGAUCAUACAACUCGUAUAUGCAAUUAAUGCUUAAAUUAAAGCUGUAAAACUUGCUAAUCUAAUUUAUCAACAUGCUCAUCUUGCCCAAAUUAAUAUUAUAUGUUAUUAGGUUAGUGUACAAAAGAGUAGCCUGAUAAUUCUUAUUGCGAUUAAGAAAAGAAUUGUUUUAAAUGCAAAGAUUAAACUUGUCAAACGUGUGAUUAGAAUUUAUAAAAAUGUAAAACAUGCCCUCGAUAGACUUAUCUUUAUGAAAAUUAAUGCCACUAAUAAUAACCAUAAAAUUCGUUUUGCCAAAAUAAAAGUGAAUACUUAACUUGCAAAAAUAUUUUACAAUCUGGAUGUAAUAUUUCAUGUGGAGUUUGCUAUGGAAAAAACUAAGAUUAAUGUGUAUCAUGUUCAUCGGAAACUAGAAUCUACUAAAAAGAUGUUACUACGUGUGAAUGUAAAGAUGGAUAUUCUGAAGUUUAUGAAAUGGACUGCGAAGAGAACUUAUUUGCAAUAACUAUCUUUUUAAAUUUAAGUUCACCCUUGACAUACGUUGAUUAAUCUACUUUAUUCCUACAUUGA